AUGUGCGCAGAACGAGCUCGAGAGCUCCAGGAGCGAAUUAAACGUUUGCAACGAGCCAGUUGGGCUGUCGACUCGCAGCUUGAAGCUGUGGAGCUAAGGUUGCUCUCCGAGUUGCAUCCUCUCACCAAUCGUCAACGUCCGUUGCAAGCGAAAUACGCUGCCAAGCUUCGAUGUCGACUGGAGCAAAUGAUCUCUACUGUUCGAUCCUGGCAACGUGUGGUUGACGACUGGGAAGAAAAAGGCUCUGCCAGUAGGUACUGGAGCUCCAUUCAAGCGCUUUAUGCUUCAUCCUCUAUAAUUUGCUCCAACGAUAUGGAUACAUGUCGACGCCAGUACUUUUUAAACUCAUGGCGGGGAGCACCAGGUGGCGACUCGUUGCUUCAUAUCGCCGCUUGGAAUGGCCGAGAACAACAUGUUGCGUUGCUUGUUGACGAAGGUGCAGACGUCAACUUGAUCGAUUCCAGUGCGAGUCACAGGACGCCACUGCAUGAAGCUUGUCAUGCUGGUCACGUCUCAGUUGUGGUGAUGUUACUGCGGGCAGGAGCUCGCUUGAAUGCGGUAGAUGUCAGCGGUGACUCCCCGUUGCAUGUCGCCUGUCGUCAAGGGUGGACUCGAGUUGUACGCAUUCUGUUGAUGGCAGCGAAUGAUCUAGGAGACGAAAGAGAUACACGCGCAUGGACACAGGAGGAUUAUUUCAAUCUUCGAAAUGGUAAAGGUCGACAGUAA